AUCUUCCGGGUUGAAAAUAAUUUUUCUGGGAUCAAAAUCGGUGAUGUAGCGCAAAUCUGCUAAUGAAGUGAUGACGCGUCGGUUUCUCAUUAUUAUUCAUAGCAGUGUUUUCUGAUCCUUUGAGAAGACUCUGCUUCUUAAUUACACAUGCUUUCCGAAGACAAAGCAUACCUGCCAAGCUGAGACCCAGUGAUUGGUUAAGAACGCGUCGCCACGGCACGAUUCGUACGAGCACGAGUUUAUUUUUAUGAUCCAUGGGGUUUGUUGCAUGUUUUUCUCCGCGAUUCUGCAGACCUGAUACAGCAAAGCUGUUGGUUUGCAGCAAGCAAAUGUGAAGUGCUGCUGUGUUUAUGUUUAAAAUCUCCAGAUUACCGGCAGGGCUAAUGGUUGAAACAGACGAGGCAAGAGACCUGCUGCACUGCUAUCCAUGUGUUUGUUUUCAGACCUGGGGAUUAAGGAGUGAAGUUCUCCUUUUUUAGUGGUUGUUGUGUAUAUGAAAUUAUGAAUAACAUUGUAGCAGGGUUUUAAAUGACAUACUUUUUAUUUCUUUGCUUUUUAACUUUUUAAACUAUAAAAUCAUGGAUCUCCUCACGGUUUGCGUCUCAUUUUGUAAGCCAACUGACAGUUCACUCCCCUCUUUCUCCCUGCUUUGCUGGCUAUGCCCACUCCUCUCUCUGCAUGCUUGCAGUGCUCCACAACCAUCAUGAAGCAUUUUAUGAAAAAAUUCUGAAGUAAACAUGAACGAAAGAGAGAGAUUUCAUUGCCCUUUAAGGAUCAAGUUCGCUGUGGAUAUAAAUAGUGUUUGCCUUAAAUUUUUUUGUUGAAUAAAGUUAACCUUACAAGUUAUUUUAACUUAAAAAACAAGUUGAAACAUAGCUACAGUAUAGUUUCCUUAGUUAAAUUAGCAUAAAACUAGCAUGUUGUUAUGACCGAUCAUGUAAUAUAUAAUCAGGUGAUAUAUGCACACAGUUAAAACAUUUGUUUAUUAAAAUAUCUCAAUUAUACUAAAAUAAAACUGGGUAGAGCUUGAUGCCCUCUAAACUUCUUUAAACGUUUACAUUAAAUAAACCUGCAUGAAAUCAAAUUAAGUCCUACUCUCUUAUAUCAACACCACUAACAGUAAAAGUUACGACUUGUUGAUUGACUCAGUGUGAACUUGUGAAAAUGUGCAAAAACAGAUGCAUCACCUUGCAUGCAAAACCCCCCACACAAACACACCUCCUGAUUCUGCUCUGACCACAAAGAUGACUAAGAAAGGGCAAUUAAAAAGCGGUUAUUUCCUCAUUGCUCUCACACUUGAUGUUAAAGGACAUCUGAGAAAACACAUUGAUUUUUGGCUGAGAGGACGGUCCACUCAAUGGAUAUUUGCAGAAAUUUGAUUGUGUUUCACUUCUUGGUGUUCACCUUUUUUAAAGUGACAGUUUGCUCUGACGUAUCAAUUGUUGGAGGCAAAGAUGUCAAAAAAGCUUUAUCGUGGAUGGUGUCCAUUCAGGUAAACCAGAAUCAUAAAUGUGGAGGAAUCCUGAUUCACAAAGAGUGGGUUUUAACAGCGGCGCAUUGCAAAGAAGACUCCUAUUCAUCAGUGACGGUUCUCAUAGGAUCUCUAUCUCUGAGUAAAGGCUCUCAGCGUAUUGCCAUCCACAAUUACGAAAUCCCUGAAACAUUCAAUAAAAAGACUAAAAAAGACGACAUCAUGCUCAUUAGGCUAAGCAAAAAAGUUAAAGCCAAACCCUACAAAAUCCCUAAAAAGGAAAAAGACGUCCAACCCGGAACAAAAUGUGUUGUGAGAGGUUGGGGAACCACUGAUUAUAAAGGCAAGCAAGCUUCUGAUAAACUGCAAAUGUUGGAGGUGUUGGUGGUGGACAGAGUGCAGUGCAACCGCUACUAUAACAGAAAUCCUGUCAUCACCAAAGACAUGCUGUGUGCAGGAAACACACAGCAGCACAGAGGAACCUGUUUGGGAGAUUCUGGUGGACCUCUGGAGUGUGAGAAAAACCUGGUUGGAGUGCUUUCAGGCUCACACGGAUGUGGGGAUCCCAAAAAACCCACAGUGUACACGCUUCUGUCCAAAAGACAUAUCACCUGGAUCAAUAAAAUACUGAAACAGCAAUUCAACAGCACACGCUUUUAGGAAACCAAACUUUUCCAGCUUAUAUACAGUAGCCUGCACUUUCAGAAAUAAAGGUACAAAAACUGUGACUGGGGUGUAGCUGUACCUUAGGGCUGCAUCUAGACUUGUUAGCACCCUAGGCGAGAUUAUUAUUCAUUAAAUACAUAAUAUAAUGCAUCUUUUAAAUAGUUAUUCCAUCUACGUAAUUUUUUUUUCUGAAAAUAUGCUGUUCUUUUUUAAAAAUGUUUGUGACUUUAAAUUUCUACAUUUAUAUUCACAACCAGUGUUUUUACAAUGUUAAGCAAAUUUUGAAAUAAAGCUAAAAAAAACAAUGUGUCUGAUAUUGUAUUAUAUCAGCCCCUCUAUUUGUUCCUGCUUAUUUUCUAGUAAACAACCAUUAAAAUGUACACACAGAAUGCACAUUUUAUCUUAAUUUAUGUAUCUUCAUGCCGUCUAUGAUGACUUUUUCCAUCCUCAGAAUAAUAAAGAAGAUUU